GUAUUACUUAUUGGCUGAAAUUGUGUUCUUUUAUGAAGUGUUUAUUAUUUUUACUUUAAGGUAUUCGUUUGAUAUCCCGUUAAAGAAAACAUACAUUAUAUGCGUAUUGUAACAACGUUUUCUUAAAAUGGUAUAUCAGUUUGAAUGUAUUUGGACCUGUGAAAUAAUACUUGUAUGCAUGUUUUCAAGAAAAGCAAUUAAUACAUUUUAAUUUCGCACACUAAAUGCUUUAAAACGUCGCAGCUCACUAGUGUACAAACAAUGCCAGUGGUAAACGUUCAAGCUGUCUCAUUUGUUUAUAAACAGUGAAGCAGUUGCAUGUAAAAGUGGCAUUUACGAUUCCGCUAUGUUUGAAUAUUCUCUACAUGUUCCUUUAUGUUUUUAAUCUUUUGAAGUUGAGAAGUGGUUAUCAAUUUUAGAGCGACACGCGCGUAUUUGAUAAAUGUUUAAUCCCACCUCGAUGUAAGUUGGUAUGUUUUCUGAUAUAAAACUUGAACGCAAACUUUGAUAACUUCUCUGUUAUGUUUUCGUGGAAAGUUCGACGGCAAAUCGACAGAAUUGUGGGUUUUUUUUUCUUUCAAUCGUAUGGAGUAUAACAUUUCUGUACCUUCACCUUUGGAUUUAAAUAUACAACUUGAUUAUUCAGAUAGUUUACGCUGUGAUGUAGGUAAACUGAAUUUUAAGUCGCAUGGAUAAGGGCAACACGACUACUAAUUUGAAAACGAUAAAAUAGAAAUAAACGCGAUCUUAAGUGAUUUAAGUAUGUCAAAUUAUUGUGCUGCUGCUUGUUAAUCUGGACAGGCUAUAUUUAGUGUAUUCAGACGAAAGAGAGACAAAGGUGCCAGUUCGUUAAUAAAAGCGAGUAAAACUGAUUUCCUUUUAUUUUAGCCGCAAGACGAAGAAAUGCUUCUGAUAUCGUACAGCAUGUCGCCAAUUUAGCGACAUACGAUGAUAGCCAAAAAGAGCGUGUGUUUGAAGCUUCGAAAAUCGCGGAGCACGUCUGGGUCAAGUGAGGUCACAUUGAAAAGUGGACAGGACAUAAACAGUGAGAUGAUUGUAUCCGACUCCCUUGGAGGGAGUCACGGAGAAGACGCGGGUACGGGCGGUGUUGAUAAGUCACGACUCGGAUUAGUUGGAGCCUGUCGCGAUCAAAAUCACGGUGGAAAGUAUUGGAAAAGGAACUUAUGUGAUGUAAGUGUAAAUGAUGUUAAUGAUAAAUGGCGAAAUAAUGAGGACCUUAAUGACGACCUUUGUGAAAUAAGUGAAGCGAGUGUCAAUAUUGAAGACUUGUACGACGAUUCAAAUGAUAUCAAUCAAUGUUUUGAACAAAAGGGCGCGUACAGUAGUGUAUGUGAACGAGCGGAUUGCUGUUCUUUUCAAACAUACACAGAAGCUGACUUUGGACAAGAUAUCAUAAACGCAAGAUUACAUUGCUUUUUUUAACCUGAUCCCCGAAGUCUACAACACCAAUAAAAUUGUUAACAUCAAUAUUCUAAGAAGUGGGGUCUCAAGAUGAAUGUCGGGAAAAGUAAGAGAACAUUGUUCAUGCGAGUGCCAGUCAACGCGAUCUUUCCAGUUAGCAAACGACAGUGGAAAAACAGACGAUAACAAGCACUUACAUGAAGACGAUCGUUUGAUAAGCGUUAAGUCCCGACGGAAUUCAGGACGCCGGACACAUUGUAAAAGUUCGAGAAGUGAUGUGACCGCAGAGGAUACUUAUAGUUCACAUUGUAGUAAACUUAAUAUUUGUAAAGCCAUUAGUUCCUGGAUCCAUAAAAAUAUUACCAUGUUUGUAUGCUGCCAGUGUUUAAUAGCACUCGUGCUGUGUGUAGGUGGCGUGUUUAUGGGGAUGAACUACGCAGGUGACAAAUCCAAGACGGCAACUUUGCAUAUGAAGCCCGGCUCGAAGGAGCAACUUAUAUAUGACUAUCCAAGUGAGAGCGAGGUUGAUUACGUCAUAUCCGACAAGGACCGCGCGGACCAUCCUCACAAGCAUCAGGCGACACGAGUUAUACUGGACAAGCCGUUUCGAAGCGUGUCAGUAUCAGAUUUCCAAAGUCAUCUGUCGCGUUCUAAAAGCGUCGCAGAUAUGUUAAAGAUUUUUUUCGAUGAUCCGAACCUAACGGAGGAGCAAGUGCGCCAGAUAAUGUUCAUGAAGAGCCACCAGGGGUUGUAUGCGUCCAAUGGGGAGACGUCGUCUCGGCGAGGACACAUGAUGAGCGACCUCGGAUCAAACAAUAUGGACGAAGCUUUCAAGCAUUACCGGGAAGUUGAAGCAAGCCCUGUUGCCGGCUGUGAACCAAAGCCGGAAGUGGAACGAAUGGAUGACCAUCAACACGAGCUGGGACCCCGCACCUUCUUGCCUUCGUGUACCAUCGUGCACCGGUGUAGGAACACCACUUCUUGUUGUCCAAAGGGGUUUGAAUGCGUCCCAAAAAAGGAGAACGGAAUCCAAAUAAUCGACCGCUACUUUAUGGUUUUAGAGGCCGUCCCUGGGUCAGAUAGAAUGAAGCCUGCCAGCAAAGAUUUCAUCUAUGCCAAGAGCUACCAGAAUCACACGGCCUGCGAAUGCGUUAAAGUGGAGUUCACGUCGAACUGUGCACAGUUUUGUCCACACUCGUUUAAAAAAGAGCGACCGGGUCGGGACUGCAUAUGCGACUGUCGACAUCAACAUCGGAAGUGUCAGAAAAUCAUGCACGGGCAACAAGCAUUGGACGAAGAAGAUUUAGUAUGCAUAAAAGAAGGCAAGUGCAUAGUUCCGGAAUGCUACGCAGGCGAGUUUAACGUUGCAAAUGGUUUCUGUCCGUUCAGCACCCGCCGCAAACGAGACCGAGACAGGCUUUAGAGAAUUCGGAGGAGGUGUUUAUAGGUAUCCGGACCACAGUGGACACUACCAUCGCUUGCCCACCGAUUACCUUCCGUUCGCCAUUGUACAGGGCUCAGAAAGAAGCCCCAGCUCACGUAAAUUAACUCACGUGACCAAACACAUUCAGAACUCAACGCGCACUACCAUCUUCAUUUUCCGUGUGGUAUUGCGUUGAAUCAUCAGUUGCAAACAGGUCGCCUCUCCAUACAUAGGCACGAAAAUAGUUCCCAUUAUUUUAAUAAAAAUAAUGUGUGGAUCAAUACAUAAUUAUGAAAUCAUCAAAUUGGCAUUCAUGUCUAUGCAUGCGAUCCAUAAACUCAGCUUUAAUAUGCAUUAUGAUUACUUUUUACAAGAAUCUGGUCAUUGAGCCCAACGCGGAGGCGUAUGUAGGGAGCAAUGAACGGCAACUCUGCAUUGAGAUAAUCUGCAAUUGUGGAAACUAAGUUAAGCUUUUCUCAGAUGCAAGAAAAGAAUUGUUUAGACAAAACGUGUUUUGUGUUGCCUUAUCUUCUUGCGCCAAAGAUGAACUGUAAGGGUGUAGCCAAAGUUUACUUGACCUUGAAUACAUUGUUUCGGUAGCAGAGCGAAGACGGAUACCGUCUCAUGCACUAUGCAUGAUAUAGAUUAAAUAUUUAUACUUUGCAUCGCAUUUGUACCGCUUACAUGGGUCAUCGCGUCAUCUGUAUAUAUUGUACUAAGUUAUUUGUGUCAAAUGUUAUUGACGUUGUCCAGCGUCUUAUAAGCUGCAGAAUGCUGAGUAUGGGGACGAGAGAUUAUGAAGACAUUUUGGACGACAACACACAAUUAUUACCUAUAAACGAGAUCGGUUGUGGUUUGGUUUUCAUCGCAUAUUGUUAUACGUCAGGUCAUACAACGGGGAGUACUGUGUGGAUACAUAAUCAUUAAAAUUAUGGUUUUACGAGAAAAACAUUUAUGUAUAUGCGUUUACUACUACCGGUAUAUCAUGUACCUUCGAUUUUUUUUUGUUAAAACAUGUGUUGAAUACGUGAAACAGAAAAUAAACUAAUUCAAAAGA